CCCCCACCCCCCACCCCCACAAAAAAAAAGGUUUUUAUAAUUUUAUUUUCUUUUUCCAAAAUUUAUUUUGUUUAUUUAAAAUUUUAUUUUGUUUGAGUAAGGAUUGUCCUAUAACUGGUGCCACUCACCUGCCAGGAGGUCUGAGCAAAAUACCAAUGGCUCGUUCCUUUACAAAAUCAACCUUCUUCUCCAAUCCCAAUUUGUACUUACCCAAAAAUGGCAUUCGAAGCUUUGGAUUUCUUGUCCCUUUUUCCUCAUUUUCAUCUUCAUCUCUUCCAGUAGAUAGUGUACAUAAUAAUCACAAGAAGAGGCAAUCAGUAAUUGUCUCUGCUCUUGAGCUUGGUGGAAUCAAGAUUUCAAAAGAUGAAAUAGUAAGGGAUGACCCUACAAACAAUAUUCCAGAUACUAUAUUUGCAAAGCUUGGAAUGCAGCUUCAUAGGAGGAACCAGCAUCCGCUUGGCAUCCUUAAGAAUGCGAUCUAUGAUUAUUUUGACAUAAACUAUCCAGACAAGUUUGACAAGUUUGAUGAUCUGUGCCCAAUAGUUUCUACUAGGCAGAACUUUGAUGAAGUCUUGGUACCUGCUGAUCAUGUUAGCAGGAGUUACAAUGACACAUAUUAUGUGGAUUCUCAAACUGUCCUAAGGUGUCACACAAGUGCACAUCAAGCUGAGCUACUGAGGAAUGGACACACCCAUUUUCUUGUUACUGGAGAUGUGUACCGUAGAGAUUCCAUUGACUCAACUCACUACCCUGUAUUCCACCAGAUGGAAGGUGUACGGGUCUUUGCUCCAAAUGAUUGGGAGGGUUCAGGUACUGAUGCAACGUCACAUGCUGCGGAAGAUCUGAAGAAAUGUCUUGAGGGUUUGGCACGACAUCUUUUUGGUGGGGUGGAAAUGCGCUGGGUUGACACUUAUUUCCCCUUUACUAAUCCAUCAUUUGAGCUGGAGAUAUAUUUUCAGGAUCAAUGGAUGGAAGUUUUGGGUUGUGGAGUGACAGAACAAGAAAUAUUGAAAAGAAGCGGUAAAACGGAAAAUGUUGCUUGGGCAUUUGGGCUUGGAUUGGAGCGCUUGGCUAUGGUUUUAUUUGAUAUUCCAGAUAUUCGACUUUUCUGGUCAACUGAUGAGCGGUUCACUUCUCAAUUUUCUAGCGGCCGGCUCGGGCUGAAGUUUAAGCCAUUUUCCAAGUAUCCACCUUGUUAUAAAGAUAUGAGCUUCUGGAUCAGUGAUUCAUUUACUGAGAACAAUCUCUGUGAAGUUGUUAGAGGAAUUGCUGGAGACCUUGCGGAGGAGGUGAAAUUGAUCGACAACUUCACCAAUAAGAAAGGAAUGACGAGUCAUUGCUAUAGGAUAGCGUAUCGGUCCAUGGAGCGUUCACUUACAGACGAGGAAAUAAACGAUUUGCAGUGGAAAGUGAGAGAACAGGUGGAGAACAAGUUAAAGGUUGUUCUAAGAUGAGCUAUUUCAAUUGUUUGUUUUUCGCUGAUUUUGUAGCUUACAUGUAAUUAUUUACAUAAGUAUUACAUUUUCUAGAUGUCUACAACUGUGUUUAUCACACUAUUUUGAUAGGAGGACAUGCUUAUUUGAUGUCAUUUGGAGUUUUGAGGCCAAUAUGUCUAGGCAAGACACCAAGGGGUGGUUUGUGUGAUUGUAUUGGAAUAAUUAAUCUCAAAAUAAAACCUCACAUUAGAUCAUG